AUGGCUGCCCCAAAGGAACAGACAGAGGCGCAAAUAGCCCACCAAGCCCUCCUUGACGAGCUCGACAUUCACUCAAUCCACAAGAGCUUCCGCAACCAGUCCUGGCGCCCUAACCAGCGCCGCAAUAAGAAUAUCAAGACCAUCCUUGGCGACGCAUCACGUCGCGAGGCCUCGGCCAUGGCGACUCCGCAGCAAGAGGACAACAGCGGUGCGGGCACUCCCGCAGCUACUGGCCAGCAGGACGAUGGCCUCUCCACGAGCGGCACCUCAACGCCUGCCGGAGGCAAAGAUGCGGCAUCCACGUCGGGUCUCCCCCCGAACUUGGCACAGGCAUCGCGUAGUCUUUCGAAACUAGUCCUCGAGAAGAGCCUACGGCCCAACGGUGGCGCAUCAGCGCCGAGUGUUACCUACACCAACAUCGAGUCGGCACCUUCACUGGCGCACACGAAGCGAUACUGUGAUGUCACGGGCUUGCCUGCGCCGUAUCUCGAUCCCAAGACAAGGUUGCGGUAUCACGACAAGGAGGUGUUUGGAUUGAUUCGUACUCUGCCACAGGGCGCGGCGGAGCAGUACUUGGAGGCUCGUGGCGCGCAUACUGUACUGAAAUAA